UACUGUUACUGUGUUCCCCUCCGCUCAUGGAUCGCCGAAGGCAAGAAAAACCUUUAGAGUCUACUCCAGCACAAGAAAUGCCUGAGGAUGAACAAUGGCGUCUCGUCAAUCAAUCCGGGAUCCUCAGCAAAAUCCCUGAAGCACCCAAACAAAAAACACUACUAGAAGAAGAGGCACCCUUGGCGAACGAGAUAUUAGAUGCUACCCUCUACAUUAUCCCAUUUUCUACUCUACUCUUGGUAAUGGACGUUAUUAUACACAACCAGUACGGCGAAUAUCCGCCUUUGAAGGAGUUUGCAGGAAGGAUGGCAUCCGGGGUUCCAAUUCUGGGUCUGUUCGUGUUCUAUACUAAACGUCACCAGGAUAAUCGAAGAACAAAGUUCCUAAUGUUCCUGCUCUCUGUUUGUGUCGGCCCUCGACUACUGUACAUACUGGCUCGAAGCUCGUUCACAGUGAACAUCCGCCAGGCCCCUCCUUUGAUCACCCUUUGGAUCUAUACCAUUGUUCAACUGGACUUGGGACCUGCGUUUUUGAAUCUAGUCAUUUGUGGGCUUUUCGUUUGGUGGAAAGACUUGAGACGUUAUUUGAUAUGAGAUGGGAAAUCGUAUAUUGCGUAUUCGCUGUCGUUCCAGCAGUUCUAAACUAUGAAUAAUUCGACCGAUA